AUGAAAAGAAAAGAAACAACUUCUCCCUCACAACACGAUGACGUACAAGAAUGCAAAAAGGCAAAACAUGAAUCAACCACGACAAGUAGUACUUCCCAUUUCUUCUCUACAAUUUCCAAUGAUGAAUUCCUAUGUAUUUUAUACUCUUUAGAAUCGGAGAGUAUUCUCUCACUCUCCCGAACAUGUAAAUCGAUGCAACAUUUGAUCAAGAAUAAUGUACUUGAAUAUUUGUGUAAAUAUUCCAUCAUCAAUCAAGAUGGUACGAACCACAUUGAUAAUGAUACAACAAUAGCUAUUGAUCAUGUUAGGGAGGAUGAGAAAAUUCUGAAAGCAUUGAAGAAUAGAGAAUUAUUUAGAGUUGAUGAUAAGAAUUAUGAAUCUGUUUUGGAUAUUAUUGAGGAUAUUUGUGAUAGGAAUGGGACUUUGAGUGAUUUUACUCAUCAUUUGAAAUUUGAUAGAAAGGUUACUUUUGAAGAAGUAUUUGACUUGAUGGAUUGUCGUCUAAUGAAGCAUUCCUAUAGAAAGGAAUAUUCAAAUAAUCAAGAGGAUAUUCUUGGAGAUUUCUAUCAUGAGGAAAUGAUUGUCAAUUGCGUUUUAAUUGAAGAAUUACUCUAUGAAUUCGAUCCCUACUCAUUUGAUGAGGAAGAAUGGAUGAGAGAACCAAUUGAAGAUAAUUCUAAAAGUUUUCAAUUGGUGAAAAUUAUUGGAAUACCUAUUGGGUAUACGCUUAAAGAGUUAACACUUGCUAAUGUUUCAUUUAAUGAAUUGUUUUUAAUUCUUUCUAAAUGUAAUCAAUUAGAAAGUUUGAUAAUCUCUGAUUUUUAUUUAUCAAUGAGACGUUACAAGGAAGAAGAUGAAGAAGAAUCAACCAAAAUUACAGAGGAAUAUGAAGAACAUUGUUUUUUCAUUCCUACUUUGAAAUCAAUGAAGAAAUUUGAAUUGAGAUACUCUCGCUUACUUCCACGUGAAUCAACAUUAUUGAACAUCUUGAAAUGUUGCCCAAAUUUAGAGACUGUUUACUUUUGCUUCCUUACCCGAUUAGAUAAGUAUUUAUUACAAAAGAUUCCACAAUAUUGUACCAAUCUUACAAAUGUAACUUUCCUGUCAGAUAGUGGAAGCACUCCUUUAGAAAGCAUUAUAACAGAUUCUCAAGUAUAUGAAUUCAUGAAAUCUCAACCAAAAUUGAAAUAUUUGAAAAUCAGUCCUUGCAUCAACAUUAAUGGGUCAAUUUUUGCAAAUAUUGGAGAAUUUCAAAAGUUGGAAUAUUUAGAACUUGAUGUACAUGCCUAUAAUUCGUAUAGAAUUCCUCAAAUUGAAGAGAUUGUAUUUGGUGGAGGUGAAGGAAUCUUACCUAAUCUCAAACAUCUCAAUGUAGGGAAGUUAGAAAUUGAUGAAGAUGCCUUGUACAAAUUUGCACCAAAUUUAAUUUCUUUCGAGUGUGAUGAGUGGUAA